CACACACAUAUCCAUACAUAUCCACCAUAUGUCUGCUGUGAAUCUGUUUGAAGCGGGUGCUGCACGGAGGACUGAGCAAGAGGCGUCGGAUGGCGCGCUGGUGUCGUUCCGCGCGGGCAAGUGCGAGUACGACGGACGGGUGGUGACGCCCGUGGCGGCCAAGGGCAAGGUCGAGCUGGUGAUGGACGAAGACUCGAUCCUGCACCUGCGCUGGACGAACCGUGAGCUGAACACGACGGUGGACGAUCUGAUCAUCUUCCCGGGCGACGCGUCGUUCUCCAAGAUCGAGGCGUGCACGACGGGGCGGGUGUACCUGCUCCGCUUCUCGUCGGGCCGCAAAAUGCUGUUCUGGAUGCAGGAGCCCAAGGCCGAAGACGACGAGGACCUGUUCAAGCGGGCCAACGAGGUGCUGGCCAACCCAUCGGCGGCCACAGGCCCGGCCGCGGACGGCCUCGGCGGCAUGGACGAGGACUCGGUCCGCUCGCUGCUCACGGCCGCAGCCACCGGCACCGCCACUCCGGCGCAGCGGGCCCAGCUGCAGCGGCUGAUGAUGGAGGCGCAGGCCGCGCGCGCCGGUGGUGCUGGUGGGCCGCGUCCGCCGACCCGGACUGCGUCGUCGGGCAGUGGCGGUGGCGGCGGCAACAUGGACUCGGCCUUCCGCUCGGCGCUCUCGUCGGCGCUGGGUGCAUCGGGCGGUGCAGCGCCGGGCGCUGGGCCGGGCCCUGGCGCCGACGCCUUUGCCGCCUCGCCCUUUGCCGCCGGCGACUUUGGCUCGGGCGAGGACGCCGAGCUUCAGGCCGCCAUCCAGGCGUCGCUGAUGGAGAUGCAGCCGGCCGAGGCGCCGGCGGCUGACGCGGACGCCGAAGCCGCGCCCAACGCCGACAAUGACGCCGACGACGACGCGCCGCCGCAGGACGGGGCGGUCGAGGACGCCGACGACGACGAGGAUGCCGAACUGUACCAGUCGUAAAACACGCACGCUUG